AUGGACUCACCUCCGAUGUUGCACCUGGUGAAACUCUAUGUUUACAACCUGUCCAAGGGCAUGGCUCGGUGUCUCAGCCCUAUCAUGCUUGGGAAGCAGCUGGAUGGUAUUUGGCAUACCUCCAUAAUUGUCCACAGGGAUGAGUUCUUCUAUGGUAGUGGUGGGAUCUCCAGUUGUCCACCUGGUGGGACAAUGCUCGGGCUCCCAGACUUGAUUGUAGACCUAGGAUUCACAGAAGUUUCCGAAGAGCUCUUCCUGGAAUACUUGGCCUCAUUAGGGGAAUCCAUAUUCCGAAGAGACACUUAUAACCUUUUUUACCAUAACCACAAUACAUUUAGCAAUGAAGCGGCACAAUUCUUAACAGGGAGAAAGAUCCUUUCCUACAUCACUGACCUUCCAUCUGAAGUUCUUGCAACACCCUUUGGAAAAGCUCUACGGCCACUCCUUGACCUCUCCUUUGGACAAGCUCUACGGCCUCUCCUUGAUCCAGCCACCUGA